GACGGCCUUUUUACGGCGACAACUCAUACAACACGACUCAUUUAACGAUUGAUAUUUCGGCUUACGACAUUUAUUUUUUUGCUUGAUCUUUUUAACGAAAUUCUUCCCGAUUUUUGGCGAUUUUCGAUUCUGUAUAACUAUCAUGACGACGCUGCGCCAUCCACUGCGUCAACAGUCACAAGCGGAAGCAACACCAACACUCCCGUCUUCCUAUGUCCCUAGUAUUCGGCUUAUCGCCGCCACACCUUCUGCGGCGGGCUUGUCAUCUGAGCCGAGCACAUCUGCCAAUCGCUCUCUCGAAUCAUCUUGGGCUUCAGUACCUGCCGCUGAUUGGGAUAGUCCGUCUGCCCUCGCCCCACGUCUAAAGGAGCCAACUCCCAGGAAACGUCUCGUCCCCAAGAAGUCUAAGCUCAGCAUGCUGGGCGUUGGGGGAGGGGGUAUCAAGGAGCGGGAGAAGACGCGGGACUUUUCUGACGUUGUUCGGCGUGUCGGUGGUGACACUGCUUCUGCGACAAGAGGCUUCGAAAUCUACGUGGAUCCUACUGAGGAUCCGGACAUCGGAGAGAUUGUCUUAGUGAAGAAGAAGAAAUCUCGGGCGGCAUUGGACGGUAUGAGAUGGGGAGGUGGACCUAUGGCAGAGGUCACGAAUGUGCCCUCUACUAAGAUGAAGAAGGAGAAGGAAGAGGGGGGAAAGGAAAAGUGGUGGGCGAUUGGUAGAGGACGGAAGGAUUCGAGGGAGAAGGGCAAAGGGAAGGAAAGGAGCAAGGACUCCCAACGACCUAACCUCAUUCCUCGGUCAAAGACACCUGAGCCUUUCAAGCCUCCUCUGCAAGAGGUCAGAACGCGCUCUAACUCGCUUGAUCCUGGGGCGCUACUCUCUGCCCCGAACACGUUCAGUCCUACGUAUCAGGCCAACAAUUUCUCUUCGCCUCAAAUCGCUCCUCAGCCCCAGCCACGUUCGCGAACAUCGACACUUGGCGGACUUCUUGCACCGCCCACUCUACCUAAUGAUCAGAAUCAAAAUCCGCGACAGGGUUCCAUCGCGCUUCGAGCCAUGCGCUCCCUAGCUCGCAUCGGGAGCUGGGCUCAGCUGAGAAAUCCAGGCAAUGAGAACGAGUCCAAGAAGUACAAGGACGUGCCUAAGAAGAAAACUGUGAAGAAGGAUGCGGAGAAGAAGCCAAAGAAAACGAAGGACCACCAACGUACCUCGACUAGCAGCUUUGAAGCAGGCGCAUUGACCGCCAGUCCUGAAGUUACCCGGACUUUUGGAUACAAUAAGAAACGAAGUAUUCUUGGGCUCGGGCUCCCCUCGUCUAUGACAAUGAAGUUGCCUGCAGGACGAGAUGGGUCGACGGCUUCUUCUACGAUGUCACAGGCUCCUCCUCCGGUGGUCGAUAAUAACCGACUUUCAGUUGAGUCUGCGGCGGUCAUGGGGAGGCCAAGCUCGGCAAUGUCGACGGCGUCUUCACUUCGUCCGAUGUCGACAACUUCAGGUACCUCUCGGGCUUCAUCAGGCUCUGGUGCCUCGGUGAAGUGGGAUGAAGCGGGCUUGGAAACGGUCAGGGAUCGGAGGGACAGGGAAAGGGGUAUCAAGAAGGGUAUCAAGGAGGAGCAGAAGAGAAGGGAUAGUAGGGAGAGCAGGAGGAGUUCGGAGGGGAGGAAGAGGACCCCAUUGAGUGACAUCUUCCCAGAGAUUGGUACGAGUGGAGAUGGCGAAGAAGCGAGGCAUAUAGGGGAAGGCUCGCCAGCUGUUAGUGGCAAAGAGUGCCCAGUUGUGAGAGUGGAGACUGCUACAUGUGACGGACACGAGGAUCCUGGUGCGGAUAAGAUGCUGGUGGCUACGCCCGUUCGUCGAGCUCGUCCAAGACCUGCAUCUGAACAGCUCCUGGGCAAAGCCAGGCCUCGGGGGAUCUACGAAGAUUCCGAGAACGGUGCUUUAUCAGUCCUGGAUGCAGUGACGAACGACCUCGCAAAUCUGAUCAAUACGUUGGAUCUGGAGGCUACACCCGGCGGGACACCUGAUCCUUCGCCUAUUGCUCGACGGAACACAAGGGAGCCAGAGGCGAGUCCUACGAAGAUGAGGGCGAAGAAGCUGCGUCUGGAAAACCCUUCGGUCACUUCAUUACGUCCGUACGCGCAAGCUACUGUGCGUGCAUCUCCUUCCCAGGACAUUCUAUCUGGGAAGAACCCCGAGAAAGGAUUUGUGAAGAAGCGUGCCAGUGAAUUGGGGCUUGGAAAGCAAAUUGCUCCUUUGCCAGUGUUUGACAGCCUUCCUCCAGUCAAGCUGCCCUCAUCACCCCCGCCACCGACGGCCUUUGUACGGACACACAAACGGACCUUGACUCCCGGGCCUCUCCCAGAUCCUUCACCUGUCCUGAGACCACUCAGACCUGCGAAGCCCAGAAUUUCGAGGGCCGUUGCGAAAAGUCCCACAACAAGUGCCAAGAAGGCAGCACGACCCCCUCCGUCAACGUUCAGGUCGUCUAUUGCGGGCUUUAGGAAUUCGACAUCCUCGCAGGAGUUCAAUGAGCUGGAGAAUCAUCCAAUUUUCAUGCGCAAAAGGGCUUCGUUGGGCGCCGAUAAGAGAGCAUCUCGCACAAGUACCGACCACGAUGAUACAGCGUCCCGACGACCUCUCGCACCGGGUGCACGCAAGAUGCUUGGUAUGAGAGGAACUAUGGGUGGUUCUGAUGUCUCUGCAUAUGCCGAGGACGUUGACGUCUCUGAUCCCGACUCGGAUAUCCCCGAUGAGCUCCAAUUCAUCUUGCACGGGAAGAAAACGUCAGUAGUAGAGGCUGAGGAAGAGGAAGGGACCAUGGAUUACAGCGAGGCUGCCGAAAGCGGCAAGGGGAGUGGCAUGGACGAUACGAUGGACUACCAUCAUGAAGGACUGUCGUUCAUCAAUGAUCGUUUGCAGGGAUUAUCAUUUGUCGACGAGGAGAUGGAGGUUGACGUUCCGGCCCCCUCUCCGGUUUUCCGUGCCCAGGUGAUCGACGAACAGGAACACCAUAUCGAACUAGAGCCCUCCGAGGAAGAUACGAAUAAGUCUUUCGAUUUCACGGGCGAGCUGCAGAAGUUGAAUGAAUCUGGUGAUUCUGAUCGCCGUAGUUUUGUAGAGCAGCUGGAGAACGCGUUCCGAACUCCAGCAAAGAUUGAUUUGCGUUACGACUUUGCAGGUCCCGUCAAGGAUGGCCUCUUGCAGUUUGAUGUUCCCCCUGUUCCAUCUCUGCCACCGCCUCCAGUUCCCGACGAUAGCUUGCAGGAGUGGACCGACUCGGCGACUGGUCUCAUGGAUGUUCAGGAGCCCACUUUCUUGCAUGGUUCCAGCGAGCAGGAAGAAUUGUCGAAGAGCAGAUCUUCUUUCGACAUGUACACCACCUCACAGAUCCGCGAUAUGGUGCAGCCUACUCUUCUUUCUAUGACAGACAGCCUCGCCACUGAGGAGUCCGGUCCAGCUGAGGGCAGACAAUUCUUGAAGAGGACCUCGUCUACCUUGCACUCAUCGGACGGUGAACUGAACGAGUCAUUCAAGUUCGGCGGUUCAAGAUCUUCUCCUCCCAGUUCAGAGGAUAAGGAGAAGCCUAUGACAUUAUCUGACAUCAUACCGCCGCCUGCGCAUGCUCGUUCGUUGUCCAUGGGAAGUAUCAUGGCGGAUGAUUCUGUCCUCAAGUCGAUCCUCGCGAAAGCCUCCGAGGUACCCCGCCCUCGGGUAAGCUCGGACUCAUCGAAGAGACCUUCUCGAGCGCACUCAAGACAAGUUUCUGGAUCUAGUUUCACUGGCCUCGAAUCCUUCGACGAAGUGAGGAGGGGUUUCGAGUUCCCUGACAAUCGACCUACGUUUUAUCCUCCUUCUGCCGCGGCGUAUAGCAAGCACAACAGGCAAGAAUCGACAAUGAGCUUCGCUUCUGUCUCUUCGUAUGGACGCGUCGUAAAUCCUGGAGUCGUCGAUCCGUUUGAUUACGGUGAUUGCGGCCUUCCGAGUUUGCAAGAGAUGCCUUCCUCUGAGAGUCUGUCCGCAUCUAUGUCGAUGUCGAUGGACGUGGAGGAUACGUUCGAGUUCCUUCACCGAAGGCAGAGGAGGAGGGCUGAAAGUGAUGCAUCUAGUUUCUACUUCAAGCCUCCAGAUCGCGGACACCGCCGAAACGAGUCGAACCUCUCUGUUUCCUCACAAUUCCCGCCGAAUAGCCGCUACAAUCGCAGCUUCGGGAUAGGCUUCGGCGGCGGGCAUAGAAAGAACGACUCUAUCAACAGUAUGAGCUCGGUCGCAAAUUCGUACGCGAUGCAUGGGGCAAACGCUGGGAGGGCAGCGUGGGCGAAGCAUCACCGCUCGCAAGAUUCAGCUGCAAGUGAAUUUUCUACGGCAAUGCACUUGGGGCGGCCAGGUAUUGGAGACAAGAUGUUUGAUAACGCCCCUCCCGGCGUACUGACGUCUAUUUCUGCUUCUCCUUCGGAGAGUGUGAAAUCUUCAUUUGACUCGAUCAUGGACAUCGAUGACCCCAGGUCUGGAGUUGUGGACUCGUUAUUCGAUCAAACCGGCGUAGGGUCGAGCGAAGAUGAAUCGAUAUUUGGACGUAGAAACCAGUACGAGUAUCCAAGGGGACAUCUUGCGCCACCGCUGUUCCGGCCGCUAUCGGUGCUGAGUAUGCAUGGUAGCAGUGUACAGAGUCCCAGAGAGGAUGAUACCAUGAUCAGCAUGCUUGGAGGAGGCCGCCACGAACGAAGAGUGUCCAUUGGGUCGAUCAUGGAUAUCGACAAGUCUCCCUGCGUACGUGUCGAGAAGCGCAAACACUCGGAGUUUCGAAUGAAGGGCGAAGCGGAAGAGGGUGCAGUUAAAGCCCGAAUCGUCGUGAAGCCAUCAAUUGCUUCUACCGCUGAGUCUACCAAAUUUGGUGGAGAGCGAAUGAUACGUGCUCAGCACGGGCUUUUGGACAGACGUAGCUUGGAGGAAAGUUGUCUCGUUGCCGAGGGGGAGGAUAUGUCCUUUUCCUUCGGUGCAACCGUCUUCACCAAACCUGAUCCUUUAUCUCGGUCUCGCUCCAGUACAUGUACUUCGAAUUCAGGAACAUCUGGCGCUGAUACCCCUCCUCUGUCGGCAUCUGAAGGAACAUCGAUCUCGGAAGGAUCGCAGUCAAGCAUUGAUCUCGAAGAAAUCAACGUUGCUCUCACCAAUACCACUCAUCCUAUGACCGGUGCCCAGCGCAGUAGAGUCCGUGCCCGAGCGCGAGGGCACGGUCACCGUCGACGCCAUUCGCAUACUCAAACAUCUCGGUCGUCGAUUUACGAAACGAUCCAAGAAGAGGCGUCCCCAAUGUCCUCUCCGGGCACGCAUAAGAGCAGCAGUCCUACUGCUAUCCAAUCGGUCUUUGUUGUGGAUGAAGACACUGCGUCUAUUCACUCUGCUACCACUACGUGGGAUGACGAGCGUGGCAUCGUCGCUUUAAGGAGGUACUAUGAGUUACGUGAGGAGGUGGAAUCCACAGUGACAGAAAGCAAACGCGUAUGGAUUGAUACGCCUUUUUCGUUGUUUGCUUUGCAAUGCUUUGAUCCGCCAAGACAUCCUGCCGGCAUGCAAGCGCUGCUUGAGCAUUCCGUUCAGAACUACGGGCCGCUGCCUUCGGAGCUCCGACCAAAGCGUGUCCGUUCCCGGACGUCUUCAAGGGCCUCGCCUUACCCGUCGACGAGAGCACUGAAAGCUGCUGCUGCAUCCCCGGAGCUUAUCACGAAGAAAGAAGAUGAUGUAUAUCGUAAUGCCACGAGCUCUCCUCUCGGAGAUAUUCCUCAUGCAAACAUCAUGACUGCUUCACUAGCUUCUAAACCGUUCAGUCCUUCGAUCGAGGAGCUCAAACGAGAGACCGCGUGGGGCCCGGCGGCUAUCCGUCCUCGGGUAGGGUCCACUGCCAGGCGCACUGCGCUUGGAUGGGCAAAGAGAAGCAACGGGAAGACGCCCACUGAUCUGAAGGAGAACACACCCAAGAUGAACAUGACGCGGGGUGAAUCUCUCAGGCUCAGCCGACCUCGUCCGAAAGGUCGGCCGACACCCGUCCGACAAAUUAGACUCUGAUUGUUAUGCUAUAUGCUUGCUUCACCACAUACUUCUACUCGCUAUUUCAUUGCCCACGUGACAUUACGCAUGCCCAACGUACGAAAUUGCUUCUUGAACACGAAGUACUGGAUCCAUCACCAGUUGGUGGUCUCCAUGUCCCUCUAUGACUCUUAAUGUUGACCUUUUAUGUUGCUC